AUGUGGUCUCUCAUAGAACAUGGAGAAUAUGUUCCAUAUGUCAGAGACACCACCACUCCAAAGCCUCAAGCUGAAUGGCUCACUGCUGAAGCUGAUAGGGUACUCCUAAACUCUAAAGCUAAAUUAUUUAUUAAAUGUGCUUUGUGCAGGGAAGAAUAUGACAGUAUUAUGAAAUGCAAAACUGCACAAGAAAUGUGGAACACACUUCAAACUCACCAUGAAGGAACCAGUCGUAUCAAGGAAACCAGAAUUGACAUUGGUGUAAGAAAGUUUGAGCUGUUUGAGAUGCAAGAAGAUGAAACUGUAGAUCAAAUGUAUGGAAGAAAGAAACCAUAG